AAUGAGAGUAAGAACGAAAAGAUCUAAGUUGAAUCGAAAACGAAACGUUAAUCGUAGGGGUGGAGGCUUAAAUCAGCAGUGUAGAGAAGGUCUAAAAAACUACGAGGACCAAGUAAGAGAAUGGAUAAGAGGGAAUGUUGUACAAGAUAGGGGAUCUUUUGUUACUGGCAAUGACCUAGUUCAAAAAUGUCACAACGCCCUCGGCCGUUCUAUCAAUAGAGGAACGUUUGGAAGAAUGUUAAAGGAAAUUUACGAUGCUACUUCUGUCAGGGUUGACGGAGUUUUGUUUUACGUAAAUAUUAAGCUAAAUGGAAAAAAGAACAAGAAAAAUGAAGAGAAAAGUUCGAUUUCAACCGUUUGCUUCCCAAUUGCCGGUCCCAAAGUGCAACUUAUCAAGAAAAAUCGUUAA